ACAUGACACUCUGCUAUGAUAGAAACCCAUGGUCCACGCUGUUCUGGGUAUCUAUGGUAACACUGCAGCUUGUUACACAUUCUCCACACCCACCACACUCAUUACACUGCACAGAGCUCCGGCCAUCUUUCUCAUAUGUCAGGCAUUUCCUGAGAAACGGGGAGCUCUGCAUCUCCUGCUUCCACUCUUCCCCUUACUGAGGAAGGUGCUCUUGGUGACUGGGACCGGCACAAUUCCAAGCACCUGAGUCACACGCAGCAGAGUCUUCAGACUUCCAAAGAGGAACUCACAGCAGGAAGAGGUCAGCAGGAAAGGGUGAGGCUGUGGAAACUUGAGACACUUCUGCCAUCCAACUUAGUAUUGGCUCAGAUUCUUUGAGCACUGAUAAAAUUCUGAGAUUACUGCCCUUGUGUUAGAUCAGUGUAUAGAGAGAGGGAACAAUGGCUGUGACACUGUUAGAAGAUUGGUGCAAGGGUAUGGACCUGGAUCCCAGGAAAGCCCUGCUAAUUGUGGGCAUCCCUAUGGAGUGUACUGAGGCUGAAAUUAAGGAGACCUUGAAGGCAGGCUUACAUCCCCUGUGUACAUACAGGAUGCUAGGCAGAAUAUUCAGGAGGGAAGAUAAUGCUAAGGCAGUCUUCAUUGAAUUGGCUGACACUGUCAACUAUGCUGCUAUACCCAGUCAGAUACCAGGAAAAGGGGGUGCCUGGGAAGUAGUGGUAAAACCUCGGAACCCAGAUGAUGAAUUUAUCAAUAGGCUGACUUACUUCCUGAAAGAUGAAGGCCGGAGAAUGGUAGAUGUGGCCAAAACUCUGGGGUAUAGCACCCUUCCCAUUGAGGGCAUAGAGCCAGAGGACUUGGACCAAGUCAAACCACCAGUUUUGCAGCCUCUGAGGGAAAGCGUGUGGUACCGAAAGCUGAAAGUGUUUUCAGGAGAUGCUCUCCCAGGCUCAGGGGAAGAGAGUUUUGAAGCCUGGCUAGAGCAGGUCACUGAGAUGAUGCAGAUGUGGCAGGUGUCAGAGAUAGAGAAGAGGUGUCGCCUGCUAGAGAGCUUGCAUGGUCCCGCACUGUCAAUCAUGCGGGUGCUCCUGGCCAAUAAUGACUCCAUGACUGUGGAGCAGUGCCUGGAUGCCCUAAAGCAGAUCUUUGGGAAUAAAGAGGACUGUAGAACCUCACAGUUCAGGUUUCUUCAGACUUCCCAGAAGUCUGCAGAGAAGAUCUCUGCUUUUUUGCUGCGCUUAGAGCCCCUGCUGCAAAAAGCUGUGCAGCAAAGCCCAUUGUCAGUGCAAAGCACAGACAUGAUUCGCCUCAAACAUAUUCUAGCUCGGGCCUCCAUGACCGCUGCCCUCCGGGGCAAACUUGAGCUCUUAGAUCAGCGAGGGUGCCCACCCACUUUUCUGGAAUUAAUGAAGCUCAUUUGAGAUGAAGAGGAGUGGGAGACCACCAUGGCAGUGAUGAAAGAGAAACAGAGGCAAGUAGGAAGGGGCCACAGGGCCUCUGGCAGACAGGUAGUAGCAGAAGUAGGAUAUUCUGCAGUUCAGGUCACCAUGCAGGCAGGGUGUUUCAGUGAAAACAGCACCCAGACUGCACAGGAAGGUGUGUCCCCAUCACUGAAGCGCAGGCGACUGUCAUGUGAACUCUGUACUAUGGGAAAAGGCCAUGGCCAGGCAGCAUGUCCCAAAGCUGAGGACCAAUCUCCACCCAUGCUGAGGCCUAAAGUUGCCGAAGAAGGGUCGGGAAACGAGGAAGGGGCUGGGGGCAUGAGCCACCCCAGGCCCUAGGAAGCACAGGCUCAGGAGAUCCAGGCACUCCUUUCCCUGGCAAGCAGCAGACAGAUCUUAAAAAGGGGAAGGAACAGCCCAGACAAAGAUCAGGAGACCCAAGUGAGGUAGGACAUAGCCAGCAGGCCCAGGUCAAGCCUCCUCUCCCUCUCCCAGUGGGAAGGGACUCUAUCGAACAGGACAAAAGCACAUGCAUCUCAGGGAAAGCUCAGUGCAGAGCCCGCAGGAAGUGUCAGAGACCAAAGCAGGGAGCUGCCACACCCUGCACAUGGGAAUCUCAAGCCUCACACAGAGACUCCAGCGAUAUAGAGUAUGAAGACGGUGAGACGGUGGGCUCUGACAUGCGUGUCUGCAAUGUCAUCUGGCCAACUCCAAGUUCCCACACUACAGACUCAGAGCUAACGAUGCCAACCAGACACCAGGAUACAUGGAGCAUGGAGGAGCCUGCCCUGGGGCCAUCCUUGUCAGAAGGAGUCAAUACCUCUGAGGAAGAGAGAGAGGACCACUGGAGAAGUGGAGAGAGCAAGCAGGGAGAACUGGGGCCUGGCUUGGCAACUCACAAUUCAAGAGCUGCCAACCCAGGGUCAGCCCCAAACCCUGCCAGCCUAGGGUGGCCAGCCUUGAAGCACUACUGAUCGGCCAUCCAUAGCCUGGAUGAGGGCACCUGAAUACACCUGCCACCUGCACUGGACUGGGAGACGUCGGGGAAGAGAGUCCAUCUCAAGGGUGCCAGCUGCCUGGCUCUCCCAGCAGGCAAAACCCCAACCCGAUUCACGGUCCCCGGGACAGGGUGCGACCGUCCCUGUCCCUGGAAGCCCGCCUUAUCUGUAAGCCCCAUAGUGACCCACCUCAAGCAAAUGCCCACCCCCACGCUAGCCAUCGUUCCUGUGCAAAGCCGUGAGGUGUGUGUCAACCCCGGGCAGAGGACCGCGCCCUCGCGGCCGGCCACCUCCAGGCCCGGGCACGUGCCGUGAGCUUCCGGGCGAGCCAAGGCUCUGCUCGCUCCUGUCCAGUGUCGUGAGCUCAACCUCUGCUUUCUCGGUGUAGAUCUAGGCCAGCUGCCUGCCGCUUGUUCUCGUGGAGAUGUGUGUGUGUUCUUAUCUGAGCAGCUCCUCCCAGGAGGCCCUGAGCCCAGUCCCCAGGAGUCGGAGACGGGAGCCGGCGGGAAGGAUGGACACGGCGAGGGCGUGGUGGACGCUCACCCCCUCGGUGAUCAAGACCGCGGCCUCCCCUCGGGCAGGAAGCACUGGACCUUAGAUGGAGGGGGAGGGCCAGGGACUGUGCUUUGACGUUCCACCCCGUUGUUCCUUGUGACUCAGUUUCCUUGGCUGGGGGGGGGGUGUUCCCUGUUAUGCUUUCCAGUGUCCUGUGACCCUUCUGUGCCAGCCAUAGGGCAAGGGCCACCCCACAGCAAGUCAGCCCCUCAGGGUGCUCCCGGAAUGGAAGUGAGUGUUCAUUGCCAGAGGCCAUUGUCCUGGCAAGAGGCACAUCUGGGUCCUCAGAAAGGGAGGCUGUGGUGGGAGGGCCCCAGCGUGGAGACAGAGGAGGCUCCUCCUCUGCAGCCCCAGGAGGGGGGGCGGGCUGACCUGUGGCCUCCAGUGGUUGUGAAGAGUCCCUUUAGGUGUUGUCAUCCCUUCUCUUCAAUGGUUCAUUGUUUCUGUUUAAUAAAUUUUGUGAAAUGUUCCAGCUUAUUCUAUCAUGGUGAGGGAAAUUGGGAGAGGAAUGUUGGUUGGAGAUGGGACAGGGUAGAGUAGGGGGGGACAGUGGUGGCUGGGUUAAAAUGCUGGGUGCAUUCAGGCAAGGUCCAUGAUGAGCUGUUGUGAUUUCAGCUGGCCAGUGGGCAACAGGAUACUGUUAGUUGUGGGUGGGCACUGUCUUUCUGGCUCCCCAGAGCACUUGGGAAUAAGCGGGUUAGGCAUUGAAGGGAGGGCACAGGACCACAGGAUUCCCAGCAGUGCACGGGGGUGGAGG